AUGGCUGACGUCCAGGAGCGCCUCAAGAAGCUUGGCCAGGCUGGCCGUAUUGGCACGCCCCGAAGAAAGGUCAAGCGUGCGCCCGCUCGGUCCGGCGCCGAUGACAAGAAGCUCCAGCAGACCUUGAAGAAGCUGAACACUCAGCCCAUCCAGGCUAUUGAGGAGGUCAACAUGUUCAAGUCCGAUGGCAACGUCAUCCACUUCUCUGCUCCCAAGGUCCAUGCCGCUGUCCCCUCCAACACGUUUGCUAUCUACGGUAAUGGCGAGGACAAGGACCUCACUGAGCUUGUUCCUGGGAUCCUGAAUCAGCUGGGCCCGGACUCCCUCGCUUCGCUCCGCAAGCUCGCCGAGAGCUACCAGAACAUGCAGAAGGGCGAAAAGGGCGAGGAGGACGAUGACGAAAUUCCCGACCUUGUUGAAGGCGAGAACUUUGAGAGCAAGGUCGAGUAA